AUGCCUGGUUUUGGCUUCAUGGGAAGUGACUCAACCAAAUGGACAAUGAUGGUUCCCAUGGUUACCGUUAAGAAAGAACCGGAGGAAUGUAUGGAGAGUGUGCACGGCUGUCAGUCUGUGUUAGGUGGCAGGGACACUGACGAAGAUCUCAAGACAGAAGUAAAGGUUGAACCUGCAGAUCCAGAAACAGGAAUCAAAUUGAUGGGGAAUGGUGUAGAGUCUGAUUGGAUGCUGGCAAUGAGCUGUGGGGAUGGAGAGGAUGAGUUGGACAGUGUACAGGUGAAAGAGGAACCUGUUAGUGAUGAGGAACUGUCUCAGACCGCAGUUGGAAAUAUGGUGUACAUUCACAAAUCAUCGCAGGAUAUAUUUGAUGAACAUGAGAGACAACCACCUGAGACCCAAGAACAGCUUGUAAGUCUUGGUACUGUAGGAUCACUAAAGCAUGUUGAUGAAGAACAACAAGUACCACAGCAGUAUUCUUUGGCUAAAGAAAAAUCAGUAAAACAACAACUUGUUGCAAAACUGAAAAUAAUACGACAACAGCGAGAACUGGCAAAACAGCAAUCUGAAAAACAGCAACCUAUAGCAAAACUGAAAACAGUUAAACAACAGCUUUUAGCAAAACGACAAUUAGCAAAACAUCAACGACUGGGGUUAAUGCCAGAACCUGUGAAAGAAGAGCCACCAACUGAAAAGCUACAGCCUAAGGAAAAAAAGCAACAGGAAACACCACAGCCAGCAGUAGAACAAUUAACCGCUAAACAACCAUGGAUUAAGAUACAACCAAAACCCCAAACUGUGGAGUCAAGCUUGUCUGUGACCAAUGAACAGUCUCUGGUUAUGAGACACGAGCAGCCGAGGAUACAGAUGCACCCACUGAUAAAACUGCAGCAAGCGGCCCAACAGCAACCGAUGGUGAAACUGAAAGCCAUGGCUCAGCAGCAACCUGUGGUGAAACCUCAAGCAGUGACCCAACAGCAAAUGAUGGUGAAACUGAAAAAAACAACCAAUGGUGGCACAACCCAACAGCAACCAGUGGUGAAACAUCAAGCAGCAAGACAACUGCAAAUGAUGGUGAAACUGAAAGCUGUGGAAAAACAACCAAUCGUGAAACUGCAAGAAGCGACCCAACAGCAACCAGUGGUGAAACUUCAAGCAGAAACACAACAGCAACUGAUGGUGAAACUGAAAGCUGUGGAAAAAGAACCAAUGGUGAAACUGCAAGAAGCUUUACCCAACAGCAACCAAUGGUGA